AGUCGCAAUUUUAACACCGGCCGGUGCGAACUUAAAGUUGUUUUUCUCUGAUUUUUUUCUUCGCUAAUUUAGUUCAUUUGUUCUUUUUGGUGGAAUCAAAUUGAAAUAAAAUACCAGCCGCUACAAAAUUUCAGUUCACAAUAUAAUUCAAGAAAAUCUUUCUUAAUUAAUUAUGUUUCAAUCGACAAUGCCACUGUAUUUGCGCAAUUUAUAAUUUAACGAUUAGAAAGCUGGCAAGAUGAAGUGUUACUUCCUGCUUGUAUUAAGCAUCCUAUUAAAAUCUUCAAUUAUCUCGUGUCAUCAACGCUUAGACUUAGAACGCUUUAUCGAAUGGAACAAAUUGGAUUUCCAAUUUCCUAGUACGAAAUUGAGAAAUGAAGCCAUAGCACAUGGAUUAUUUGUUGUCGAGAAUGCUUUUCCAAUUGAUGUUGACGUUGAUUAUCGAGGGUCGGUUGACAGAUCAAGGAUAUUCGUGACCAUUCCAAGAUUUUCUGAGGGAAUUCCAGUCACUCUUGGCUACUUAACAGAGAAAUCAAAAAAUGAUUUCAUGAUUAAACCUUAUCCCGACUACUCAUGGCAUUCAUCGCAUGGAACUGAUUGUGAUGGCAUCACAUCUGUUGUCAGAACAGCGAUUGAUGACUGUAAUCAGUUGUACGUUUUAGACACUGGAAUAAUUGGCGAAACAAAAAAAUGUCCACCCCAGUUGUUGGUCUUCAAUCUUGUUGACGACAGUCUCGUCAGACGAUACAAGUUUCCUGACUCACAAUACACUGAGUCAAGCUUGUUUAUCACACCAGUUGUUGACGUGAAAGACUCAUCACCAAAUGGUAAAUGUGCAGACGCUAAAGUUUAUAUAGCUGACGUAACAGGAUUUUCCCUGAUUGUUUACGACACUCUAACUGACAAAUCAUGGAAGAUUCAAAAUAAAUUGUUUUAUCCGUACCCUGAAUUCGGAACGUUCACAAUUGCUGGUGAAUCAUUUGAUUUAAUGGAUGGCAUAUUUGGUUUAGCACUCUCACCAAAACAAUUCUCAAAUGAUGACAAUAACAAUGCAAUUUACGAGUUCUUAAAUAGACCGUAUGAACGUUUUCUAUAUUUUCACAGCUUAGCAUCUGGAGUUGAAAGUGUAGUGUCACUCAAUUUACUUAACAAUCAUGAAAUUUGGGAACACGAUUCUGAGUCUGAACCGAGAGCAUUCAAAUCAAUUGGUACGAGAACGAUUCAAACAGCAGCUCAAGCGAUGGAUAAAAAUGGAAAUUUGUAUUUUGUCACAAUGUAUCCGUUGGCAUUGGUUUGCUGGGAUUCUUUAACAAGAUACUCUCCGGAGAAUAUCAGAAUUUUGGUAGAAAAUGAUCAAACAUUACAAUUCGCCAGUGGAUUGAAAAUUGUCGAAAAUUUGCGAGGGAUGGAAGAGCUUUGGGUGGUCACAAAUCGCUUACAGAAAAUUUGGACUGAAACAAUAAACUUCAAUGAGACGAAUUUCCGUAUACAACAUCGAGGAAUUCGAGAGCUUUUGGGUAAUAGAAGCAGAUGCAAUGGUCGACCAAUCAGAUCAGAUUUCAUAUUUCCAGCAUUUGGGUCAUUUCAAGGAUAAUUUUUUACUGUUUUUUUUUUCUUUUGAGUUUUUGGUUGUUUGGAACAAUAAAGGUAUUCAAUUAAAAAUAUAGUUUCAUGCUUUAAUGUUUCACGCUAAGCUUAUAACACAAUAAACAUUCAAGCUAC